UAGUUUUCUCUGUGGGAGGAGCAGUGUAGAAAAAAGGAAUAGGGAACAUCAGGGACCUGGGUAGUGGCUGGGCUCUGUAGUUUCAGACUCAGUCUCCUGCUGACAGGACACAGAAGGUCAACACAGCCUGCCAGGGGAAGGUCAGCACAGCCUGCUUUGAGCCACCACUGCCAGGGAAAAGGGGAGGUGUAGAGCCGUGUGGGGUAGUCAGGGCUAAGGUUCAUCCUGUUAUCGCUGCUCCAAAGAGCCUCUUGUGGGAUAUGCGCAGAGCGGUGAUGGGCAGCGCCUCUCUCGUGCUGAGGGCAGCAGCUUGGUCUUCCCCGCGGCUGCCUCCGCUCUCCUUUCCAUGUCACAGGGCCAUGUCUGGGCCAAAUCUGUGGGUGCCCCCCCCAACAGUGCUGCAGCAGCCCCUGGCCGUUCCAGACAGGCUGCUUCUAGGGCCUGGGCCCUCAAACAUCCCUCCGCGGAUCUUGGCUGCAGGUGGUCGCCAGCUUAUUGGACACGUCCACAAGGAAAUGUUCCAGAUCAUGGACGAGAUCAAGCUGGGGAUCCAGUAUGCUUUCCAGACCCAGAACCCGCUGACCCUGGCCAUCAGUGGCUCCGGCCACUGUGCCAUGGAGGCUGCGCUCAUGAAUGCAGUGGAGAGAGGAGAUGUGGUGCUGGUGGCAGUGAAUGGCAUCUGGGGCGAGCGUGCAGCAGACAUCUCGGAGAGGCUGGGAGCUGAUGUUCAACAGAUGGUGAAGUCCCCUGGAGAGUACUUUACACUCAAGGACAUUGAGCAGGGUCUGGCACAACACAAGCCAGCAGUGCUCUUCAUCACACAUGGGGAGUCAUCCAGUGGUGUGCUCCAGCCGCUGGAUGGCCUUGGGGAGCUUUGCCACAGGUAUGGCAGCCUGCUGCUGGUGGACUCAGUAGCAUCACUGGGUGGUGCUCCUAUCUUCAUGGACCAGCAGGAGAUUGACAUUUUAUACUCAGGAUCUCAGAAAGUGCUAAAUGUUCCCCCUGGCACUGCUCCAAUCUCCUUCAGCGAGAGAGCCAGGAAGAAGAGUUUAAACAGGAAGACAAAGCCUCCCUCUUUCUACCUGGACCUGGGCUGGCUGGCUAACUACUGGGGCUGUGAUGGCAAGCCAAGAAUGUACCACCACACACCACCCGUCAAUAACUUCUUCAGCCUGAGAGAGGGCUUAGCUAUACUGGCUGAACAGGGGCUGGAGAACUCCUGGAAGUUGCACAAGGAGAACUGCCUCUACCUACAUGAGGGGCUGCAGAAGCUGGGCCUCAAACUCUUUGUGAAGGAAGAGGCGGCAAGGCUUCCAACCGUCACCACCAUUGUAGUGCCUGAGGGAUAUGACUGGAAAGAGAUCACGGAGUUCCUUAUGAAUAAAUAUGCGAUUGAGAUCACAGGGGGCUUGGGGCCUUCAGUAGGAAAGGUUCUUCGAAUAGGACUCAUGGGCUAUAACUCCACCAAAUUCAAUGUCAACAGAGUCCUCCAUGCCCUGAAAGAUGCCCUCCAGCAUUGUCACAAAAGCAAGAUGUGAGUUCCUUGUGCUGCAGCUUCAGAAACAAGGAUGGAGAGGCCAGCUCAGGCCUUGGUCAUGCCAUUAUCUUAUCUAGAAUUCAAAUCAGAAGGUGGAAAGGAGAUGGUGCC